AUGGCACUGUCUCGUGCGAAUACCCUCUACAAGACGUUGAAGCAAAACGGGGUUCUAGCACUUCCGAAAGAUGGCAAAUCCAUUACAUGGUCUCCGGAUCAGCCAUCAGGCGCACCGCCUAGCCUGACCAUCGCCAUUCAAGAUGUGUCGAAUCUUCAAAAGACGCCCGAGACGGCGAAGAAGGCCAUGUUGAAGAUCUUCGCCAAGGGGUCAGCUGAUGCAAAUGCCAUCGAUCACACCUUCACCUUUACCUCUGCCGAGGCUCGUACAGAGAUUGAGGCUAUCACGGAGCGCAUAAGAAAACUAAUCGAUGACUACAAGAAGGAGCAGCUCGCUGCAGCGAAUUCCAGUGGUGGUCAAUCAGCCGCAAUGACCAUUGCCAAUGCCAUUUCUGGCGGUAGAGGUGUUGGACAGCUGUGGGAGGACGAUGACAAGCUCAAGACCGACGUCAAACUUCAGCAAACACUAAUGCAGGAAGAUCCGCAGCUGCAAAGAACAUUCAUGGAGGCGUUGAGCGUCAAACCAGAUUCUAUAACAAAUCUUCAAUUCACACAGCAAUUUUGGGCAUCCAGAGUACAUCUUUUACGAGCCUACGCACUGGCUCAGCAACAGAAUCGUGGAAGAUCCAACGUCUUCUCGGACAUCGGCGCGAUCGGUAGUGGUAAGACUGUCAGUAUUACAAGCGAGCAGAUCCACAUUAUAUUCGAACAAUACCCGUUAGUACGCAGAGUCUACGACGAGCUUGUUCCAAAGUACUACAACGAAGCCGGCUUCUGGAAGCGGUUCUUUCAGAGUCAACUCUAUCUGACACUGCGAGGCAUGAAGACGGAUGACAGGAUCAAUCGCAAGGAUGAGCACAUUGACUCAGAGCAGUAUCUUAAUGCACCAGAGCUUACAGGGCUCCGGCCUACUGGAGUAGAGCUGCACAUCCCCAAGUUCAUCGACCUUGAAGGCAACGAGGAGAAUCACAGUCAGCGACAGGGCAACAAGCCGGAUGUUGAAAAUAACCAAGCUAAUCUGGAAAAGGCCCCUGUGAUCAGGAAGCUGAAUGCGCUCAGCGAAAAGCUCAUGGCGGUGGUGAGGCAGUCAGAGGCCGACGCAUCGGCGCCUAUAGGGCCAAUGGAGGCAGAAUACGAGCAGCUGCGACUGCGAGAUCUUGAGGGCGACCCUGAGCAGCAUCGAAUCGUCCUCAAUAUUCGUGACCAGCGCCGCUUCUUCAGCGACAACCAAGCGACCGAGGGCGACGUCAAUCCGUUCCGUACAGUCGACCCGGCAAAGGCCAUCAACUCGGUACUCAAGGACCUCACAAACGCGUUUCCUCAGCCAGGAGUGGGGUCGAUACCUAUCCCAGAAUUUGAAGACAUAGACAUGGAAGACGACGAAGCACCCAAGGCUUCUGGCGCCAUGCACGCCCACAACCACAUCAUAUCCCUGAUCGAAUCCCAUCGCUCCCUCACAACCGCUGUCCCGGAGCACUCAACACUCCCGGCCGCCAUCUACGAGCGCUUGACCCUCACGCACGCCACCUCGAUCGAGUUCCUGCGGCAAUUUUGGUCCGCCUUCCUGUCCGGCGACUCCAGCCGCGCCAACGAAAUCACCGCUUUGGUCGACAGCCUGAUUCGGGCGACGGAGCGCAUCAACGCCAUCGCCGAGGACGCACAGGCGAGGAGAAGCGCGCAGAUAAAGCAUUUUGAAGAUGAGGCCAAGCAGAAGGCCCGGCUGACCGGCUCGAGACCUCAAAAGGUAAACUACGAGAAGUUGCAGGGCGGAGGCGAUGUUGUGCGGGACCUGAUGCAGCCGAUUCUGGCGAGCUUGUCCAAGGCGGAGCAAGCGUAUCGAAAGGCGUAUGCGGAACAGUCGAAAGAAGCGGCGGGAGAUGAGGGUACGCCGCAGCCGGCGUAG